GCCGGGUAUUUGUAUAAAAUUUCUCCGAUUUUUCGUUAUCGCAGUGUUCAUAGUUCACGAAAAAUUUCUCACUAUCCGUACGAUUUUUUCCUCAUUCCUGCAUCGAUGAACAAGUCCCGCGAUACGUAUUUUCGAUUUUUUUCCCCUCUAAACACGCCAUUGGGAGCUGUGAGCCUCGAUAAUGAGUGGCAGUAUUGCUCACGAGAAACUUCGAGAAUGUUGUCUGUUGAAAUUUUUGUAUUUUUUUUUCAACUUUCGCUUCGGGUAAUAAGUAUCUUACGACAUGAAAUUGUAUAGAAAUUGAUUAUCCAGUUUUGUUGAGACUACUCGGACAAAAAAUUCCGAUUAUAUCAGCCAAAUUUAACAGUUUGCGAAAUAAUGGAAUAUAAAGAACGGUGAUUUAACGCGAGGCAGGGAAAAAUGUUCCGUAUUUAUUCCCCCUCGUAUUUAUCAAUGCCACAAAUAGCCCCAACACAAUGAGUAUAGAUUCGAGGGACUCGUUCCCUAUAUUGACCUUGAGACAGAAUCGACCGAUAAGAGUAAUCAUCGAUCGUUGAUUGUACCUCACCAUGACGAAGGUCAGUUCGAUUGUUAGACUCAUGAUUUAUUAAAAGAUAUAUUGACAGUUAAGUUCACGUUGUCGGAGAAUUAAAACAUCGAGGGAUAGUUCCAGCAGUGCGACUCUUGUUAUUCAUUGGAUUGAUGUCCUCGUCUGCUCGGAUUUAUCGGUGAACGUUUAUUUUUUUCUUUUAUUCGAUCAAACCAUAAUUCGUGAUCAUAACAACAACAGUUUACGUGUAAUUCACGCACAAACAUCGAGAAGAAUCCGCGAUGGAAAUUCGUACCUCCACCAUUUUCGUUCGGUUACCGUUUGUCCACUUUGUCCAGGUUACAGUGUCUCUCUGAUGUAAAAACGGGAACGAUACGAACUAUUCAAACACUGGUCGACCUCAAAUUUCUUGUAGCUGGAUUAGUCUUCCAUCAACCGCUGAUAAGACGUUCGAUUUUCUUAUCGACGAGAAAUUUCAACUAUUUCUUGUACCAGCGGAUUGUCGAAGUAAGCACGGAGACAAAAAGUUCGAACGAGUGGCGCUGCAAUCGACUUUCCAUGUGCCCCGAGAGAUAGUUUAUCGGGAAAUUAAAUCCAGUCAGCCCAGUCAGCUGGGAGAACAGUUGUAACGAAUAUGCUGUUUGGAUAUUUCGACUAAGUUUAAUAUUGUAUAAAAUAGUGUGUAUUUACGAAAACAGGAAAUCAUUGAACGUGAAAGAAAAUUAUCACCUAAACAAUUGAAACAUGGCUCAGCACAAUUUUCCAGCAUUAAAAAACGAUAGGUUUUUGAAAGCAGCCCGAGGAGAGGAAGUAGAUAAAGCUCCCGUUUGGAUAAUGCGGCAAGCUGGCAGAUACUUGCCGGAAUUUCGUGAAUUUCGGACGAAACAUGAUUUUUUUACUAUUUGUCAGACUCCAGCCCUCGCUUGCGAAGUUACCUUGCAACCGAUUCGUCGUUUCGAUUUGGACGCGAGUAUAAUUUUUUCUGAUAUCCUCGUUAUUCCACAAGCAAUGGGUUUGGUCGUCGAAAUGAGACCAGGAGUGGGUCCUGUUCUACCUGAACCAUUGACUACUCCAACAGAGAUGAGCAGACUGAAAAAACCAAAUGUGGACCAAGAUCUCGGUUACGUUGGUGAGGCAAUAACGCUCACGAGACACAGUCUGGAGGGAAAAGUACCUCUUAUAGGAUUCACAGGAGCACCAUGGACGCUGAUGGGUUACAUGGUACAAGGAGGAGGAAGUUCGACAAUGGCUCAGGCCCGUUCGUGGCUUUACAAAUACCCAGAAGAUUCUCACAGGCUUUUGCAAAUGAUAACAGAUGUAAUAGUGGACUAUCUCGUGAUGCAAGUCAAAGCAGGAGCUCAAGCUCUUCAAGUAUUCGAAAGCAACGGCGAUUAUUUGAAUGACGAACUUUUCGUUGAAUUUUCGUUCAAUUACAUCAAACAAAUAAGCAAAAAAGUCAAGACCAAAUUGGAUGAACUUGCGAUACCAAGAGUGCCAAUGAUUGCUUUUCCUAAGGGAGCGACUAUGAAGUCACUAGAAAUCCUGGCAAAGGAUGAAUGCUACGAUGUGAUAGGUUUAGAUUGGACAGUGGAUCCACAGGAAGCGAGAACUCGGUUGGGCUCAAAGGUGACGUUACAAGGAAAUAUGGACCCAUGCGCGCUCUAUGGAACAGAGCAAAACGUGCGAGAACGAGGCUGUAAAAUGGUGGAGAACUUUGGCAAGACUAGAUACAUAGCAAAUUUGGGGCAUGGAAUAUUACCAGAUGCUCCGAUAGCUUCCGUCGAAGCUUUCGUCAAAGGUGUUCAUUCGGUUUAAUGAUUUCUUUUUGAAAAUAUUUUAUAAAUUGUAAAUAAGGGAGUAAAGUGAAUAAAGGGAAUUAUAAAUAA